AUGUUUCUAGCUCGAGCAGCGUGGCCCCUGAUUAGAGGGUCAGUGUUGCAGGCAGCGACGAAACCCAGCAUACGUUGCUUUGGGUCGUCGUUGCCGUGCAGAGGUUUAAACAUCUUCAACUUCUACGAACUUCCAUAUACGUUAGACAAGGCACUCGUUCGUUUGAGAGAAAUGCAAGAGGAGAAGCCAAGGCAUCUUAGGCAAGAUGAAAUAGCUACCGAGUGGCUUGAUCAGCUUGAUGCUGAGAAGAAGAAGGACCCUUUGGCCAAGGACAUCUUGGUUGGCAAUGACCCGUUAUCUGAAGAACUGGCUGAAAGAUAUAGAUCCCUUUUCGAGACUGCUUUCCGAGUGAACGUGUGGCAGGCAUCGCAAAUCCGUGAGGAGAAGCCAGCUGGUUUGAUAGGAUAUGAAGCCAAUUACGCCAUGGUAUCGACCUUGUCACGGGUGUUUCCACCGCCUACUAGGGAAGAGGUGGAGGCUGCCAUGAAAUUCUACCUCAGGCUUGUGAACAAGAGAGUGUUUUUGGAAGAAUUGACAUUUUCCAAUCCGAAGCUUGCCAGCAUCUACAAGGAUUUCCUUGAGCUUGACCUUUCCGAUGAAGAUCCAGACAAGAUCGAAGCUGCAUUGAAGAAAUGGGAUUUGCCAUCGAAGGCUGCGUUUGACUGGUUUCUGAUUUUUUCGACGUGGAGCUCUAUUCCAUGUGAUGAUAAGCCGUUCUUGUUCCCAUAUGUGGGACCUAAAUUCGAUUAUGUUGCUCAAGUUGGUGAAACGCCACCAUCAUGGAACACUCAACUGGAUAGCAAGAAACCGAACGAGCCUCCAAAGUCAAAUGAGGAGAUGCAGCGUAUGAUCGACCGCACAAGGACUCCAAUGGCUGUUUUGUUUUCCCUCUUGUUCUUUAUCGGAUACAUGUGGUUCUCCGACAGACUGUCAAACAAUGAAAUCUCCUUCCAGCAGUUCUGCGGUGAGUUCUUGAGAAAGAACCUCGUCUCCAAGAUCCACGUUGUCAACAACAAGACUGCUGUUAUUGAACUUAACGACAAUGGCAGACAGAUGCGUGCUAGAGAGAGCGGACACAUGCAAGAAGCUGACUACUACUUCAAUAUUGGGCUGGUUGAGUCUUUCGAACGUCAAUUAAAGAAUGUUCAGGACGAAUAUAAGAUUCCAGAAUCAUUGAGAGUGCCUGUUAUCUACUCCACUGAGGGCAGCAUUGCCAAGGUUUUGGUCAACUUCCUUCCUACCCUUUUAUUCCUUGGUGCCAUUUACUACAUGACUAAGAAGGCAAACCUUGGUGCUGGUGGUCCCUUGAGCUUUGGUAAGUCUCAAGCCAAGAAGUUCAACCAAGAGAAGGACAUCAAAAUCAGAUUUAAGGAUGUCGCCGGAAUGAGUGAAGCCAAACAGGAAGUCAUGGAGUUCGUGAAGUUCUUGCAGAACCCAGGAAAGUAUGAGAAGUUGGGUGCUAAGAUUCCAAGAGGUGCCAUUCUUUCAGGUCCUCCUGGUACCGGUAAGACUCUCAUUGCUCGUGCUACAGCUGGUGAGGCUGGUGUUCCAUUCUACUCUGUCUCAGGUUCUGAGUUCGUGGAAAUGUUCGUCGGUGUGGGUGCUUCUCGUGUUCGUGACUUGUUUAAGACAGCUCGUGAGAACGCUCCUUCCAUUGUGUUUGUCGAUGAGAUUGAUGCCAUUGGUAAGAACAGAUCUAAGGGUAACGCUAGUGGUGCUAACGACGAACGUGAAAGUACUUUGAAUCAGUUAUUGGUUGAAAUGGACGGUUUCGACAGCUCCAGUCAUGUGGUUGUGCUUGCCGGUACCAACAGGCCUGAUAUCUUGGAUAAGGCUUUAAUGAGACCUGGUAGAUUUGACAGACACAUUGCAAUUGAUAACCCUGAGUUGCAGGGCAGAAUUGAAAUCUUCAAUGUUCAUUUGCAAAAAAUCAAGGUCGUCGACAACAUUGAUAAAGAUCUUGCAGGUCGUCUUGCAGCUUUGACCCCUGGCUUCUCUGGUGCUGAUAUUGCUAAUGUUUGUAACGAAGCAGCCUUGAUUGCCGCCAGGUACAAUGCCAAAUCUGUUACUUUGAGACACUUUGAGUUGGCUAUUGAGAGAGUGAUUGGUGGUGUUGAAAAGAAGAGCAAGCUCUUGGACCCACAAGAAAAGAGAGUUGUUGCCUACCAUGAAGCUGGUCAUGCUGUCUGUGGCUGGUUUUUGAGGUACGCUCACCCAUUGCUUAAGGUUUCUAUUAUCCCUAGAGGCCAAGGCGCUUUGGGUUACGCCCAAUACUUGCCACCCGAUCAACACCUUAUGUCUACGCUUCAGCUUUACGACAGAAUGAUCAUGACCUUGGGUGGACGUGUCUCUGAAGAGCUCAACUUUGCAUCUGUCACCAGCGGUGCCCAUGAUGACUUCAAGAAGGUCACUCAAAUCGCCCAGUCUAUGGUCUUGAGAUUUGGUAUGUCGGACAAGGUUGGAAUGGUGAACUACGCUGAUACACAGAGCCAGGACAACUUGACCAAACCAUUUAGUGAUGAGACAAACGACGUGAUCGACCAAGAGAUCAGAAGAAUCGUGCAAGAAUGCUACAACACCUGUAAGCAGUUGUUGACCGAAAAGAAGGAUGCUGUCGAGCUGGUGGCUCAAGAAUUGCUCAAGAAAGAGUUUAUUACCAGAGAAGACAUGAUAAGGCUUUUAGGUAAGAGACCUUUCCCUGAGACCAAUGAUGCUUUUGACAAGUACCUUGACGGAAAGCCCGCCUACCAGAACGAGCAGCCAGCCGAUGAGAAAAAGGAUGACGAAAAGUAA